AUGCACUUCACUCCAAAGAGAAACACCUGUACUUACCGUAACACACAAGUUGCCAUCGGCAGUCCUCGCAUCCGUUGUGUCUCAGCAAAGAAGAUAGAAGACAAUGACGAGGAUGGAGAUGAAAAUGGAAACCGUUUAUUUAAAGCGCAUUCCAGAACUCUGAAGGAAACUAUGAGACAGGUGCGUGGCCGUCUGGCAGCUCUGAAAACUGUGGAGAGUGAAGAGUUAACCCUGCCAGGGGGCCUUUGGAAGGUUUCCCCUACUAGAGAUAAUCCCAUCUCCAGGAGAUCUCCUGUUCUGCUUCAACCACAUACAGAGAAACCACAGUCCCUUCUGAGGGGAUAUCAUGACCUGCCAGCAGAGCUGCUUGUUCCAGAGCCUGAGGGGCAGUCAGAGGACAGAAUUGGAUCUGGGAAGCCAAUAUGUAAUCGUCUAAUGAAGGCAUCUUAUCCCGCUGGUCCAGUGCCAGCAUUUAACACAGAUUACCGAGCUGCUCUUGUACUUCGUCCAGGAGCUGAUGAAGAGGAAGACCGAAAACAAAGAAAAAGCCAGUUCUUGAUGUACAGACGGCUUUUCAUGGACAUUGAGCGAGAACAAGUGAAGGAAACGCAAAGACAGAAGGAGCACAACAGGAAAAUAUCGAAAAUGAAAAAAGAGCGAGAGACUGAGCGCCAUAUAGAGGAGGAGAGGCUUCGCACUACAGCUCAGCCCAGCCUGGAAAAUCAAACCUUUCAGGUGGAAUUAAUGAAGGAGCAAGAGAGGAACUUGGAGCACCGAGAGAGGGCACAGAAAACAAGAGAGUAUAACCGCUACGUUGAAGCUCUGCGGGCUCAGAUGAAGGACAAGAUGCUGCUGCAUAAUGUUGAAUUACCACCGUUGUGUUGCUGCGGCUCAGAUUUCUGGGACGCUCAUCCAGACACAUGUGCCAAUAACUGCAUUUUCUACAAGAAUCCUAAAGCGUACACCCGAGCUUUACAGUCAGUGCUGUUGUCACGUGACACGUGGGAAGGGGGCUCGAGCUCCAGAUUCGGAUUUGGUCGGCCUUGA